CUCAAAUCAAAACGAACCGUUUCGGUGUCAAACCAUGGUGGUGGUGGAGAAGACGAUCGAGGAAAUGUACCUGAAGAAGAGCCAGGUGGAGCACAUCUUGCACCGACCCGAUACCUUUAUCGGAUCGACGGCGAGGCUCACGCAGAGGCGGUGGGUCUUCGAGAACGACGAGAUGGUCCAUCGCUCCGUCUCCUACGUCCCCGGCCUUUGCAAGAUCUUCGAUGAGAUUCUGGUGAACGCCGCCGACAAUAAACGGAGGAAUCCGUCAAUGGACUCUCUCAAGGUCACCAUCGACGUUGAGAAGAACUACAUCAGUGUCUACAACAACGGGGACGGGAUUCCCGUCGAGAUUCGCCAGCGGGCGAAGGUGUAUGUGCCGGAGUUGAUGUUCGGGCACCUCUUGAGCAGUAGCGACUACGAUGACACGGUGAAGAAGACCACCGGUGGACGCAACGGCUGCGGCGCCAAGCUCACCAACAUUUUCUCGACCAAAUUCGUCAUCGAAACCGCCGACGGCAAGCGACAGAAGAAGUACAAGCAGGUGUUCAAAGACAACAUGGGGAGGAUAUCUGAACCAUUCAUCACUAAAUGCAAAGAGAGUGAGAACUGGACCCGGGUGACAUAUCAGCCCGACUUGGCAAAAUUUAACAUGACACAUCUUGAAGAUGAUGUGGUAGCAUUGAUGAAAAAGCAAGUGAUUGACAUGGCUGCUGGAUGCCUUGGAAAGACUGUGAAGGUCGACCUGAAUGGAAACAGGGUCCCUGUAAAGUCGUUUCUUGAUUAUGUUGAUCUCUACUUGCAAUCUGCCGGAAAAUCUAGAAACGCUAAACUUCCAAGGAUGACUGCUAAAGUCAAUGAUAGGUGGGAGAUUUGUGUCAGUUUCAGUGACGGGGUGUUUCAACAGGUCAGCUUUGUGAAUGGCAUUGCUACAAUCAAGGGGGGAACUCAUGUUGAUUACGUCACAGACCAGAUUACUGCUCAUCUGAUGAAUGUUGUAAAUGAGAAGAACAAAAAUACCAAAAUCAAGCCUGAGCACGUGAAGAGUUAUCUUUGGGUCUUUGUCAAUGCUCUUAUUGACAACCCUGCCUUUGAUUCCCAAACAAAGGAAAACUUGACGAUUUGCCCAAGCAGUUUUGGGUCUAAAUGUGAACUACCACAAGACUUGCUAAGGGAAGUUGCAAAGUCUGGGAUUGUGGAAAGUCUUCUCUAUUUGGCAAGUGAUGGAACAAAAACGGAGAGUCUUCUUAACAUCAACAAGCUGGAGGAUGCUAACCUAGCAGGAGGAAGGGACUCUGAAAAGUGUACCUUGAUUUUAACACAAGGAGAUUCAGCUAAGGCUCUUGCAAUGGCUGGGCUUGCUGUUGUUGGUCGGGACCAUUAUGGUGUUUUUCCAUUGAGAGGUAAAUUGCUCAAUGUAAGAAAAGCCAGCACGACUCAAUUCAGGGAUAAUGAGGAAAUCAAGAAUAUUGAGAAGAUUCUUGGUCUGCAGCAAGAUAAAGAAUAUACCAACACCAAAUCUUUAAGAUAUGGGCAUCUGAUGAUCAUGACUGAUCAGGAUCACGAUGGCUCCCACAUAAAAGGGCUGCUGAUCAAUUUCAUUCAUUGCUUCUGGCCCUCUCUGCUAAAAGUUCCAUCAUUUUUGGUCGAGUUUAAAACGCCUAUCGUUAAGGCAACUCAGAAGAAUGGGAAAGAACUUUCAUUCUAUUCAAUGCCCGAGUAUGAAGCUUGGAGGGAAAGCUCGAGGGGUAAUGCAAGUGGCUGGACCAUUAAAUACUACAAGGGGUUGGGAACAAGUACUUCAAAGGAAGGUAGGGACUACUUUCAGAAUCUAGAUAUGCACAAGAAACACUUAGUUUGGAUAGAUGACCUUGAUGGGCAGGCAAUUGAACUUGCUUUUAGUCGGGAGAAAAUAGAAGAGAGGAAGAAUUGGCUUCGGCAGUUUGAGCCUGGUACUCAUCUUGAUCAGAAGGAGAAGCUUGUAAGGUACAGUGAUUUUGUUCACAAGGAGCUUAUACAGUUUUCAAUGGCGGAUCUGCAAAGGUCGAUACCUUCAAUGGUUGAUGGGUUGAAACCAGGUCAAAGGAAGAUACUAUUCUGCUCUUUUAAGAGGAACUUUAUCAGGGAAGCAAACGUUGCCCAGUUUUCUGGUUAUGUGUCUGAGCAUUCUGCCUACCACCAUGGUGAGGCAAGUCUUGCCAGUACUAUCAUUGGAAUGGCACAAGAUUAUGUGGGCAGUAACAACAUUAAUCUCCUUCAACCAAAUGGUCAAUUUGGGACUCGUAACUUGGGAGGCAAAGACCAUGCAAGUGCUCGUUAUAUAUAUACUCGGCUUUCUCCUAUUACAAGGUUCCUUUUUCCAAAGGAUGAUGAUAGACUUCUUGACUACUUGAAUGAAGAUGGGCAAUCUAUUGAGCCAACCUGGUAUGUGCCAGUUAUCCCAAUGGUUCUUGUGAAUGGUAGUGAAGGAAUUGGGACGGGCUGGAGCUCUUACAUCCCUAAUUAUAAUCCAAGAGACAUCGUUGCAAACAUUAGGCGGUUGCUCAAUGGUGAUGAACUUGUGCCAAUGGAUCCUUGGUAUAGAGGCUUUACUGGAUUUACUGAGAAAACUGUCAAGGAAUCUGGUACGAGCUACACAGUAUAUGGGAUUAUUGAGGAAGUCAAUGAGACAACACUCAGAAUUUCAGAGCUACCAAUCCGUAGGUGGACUCAAGAUUAUAAGGAAUUUCUGGAGUCUAUCUCUCAAGGGAAUGACGAGGCCAAGGAUCCUUUCAUAAAGCAUAGUGAUCACAGUACUGUAGAAAUUCUAGUCCACUUGCCUGAGGAGAACAUGAUAGCAGCCAGAAAAGAGGGUUUGCAUAAGAAAUUUAGACUGACCACUCUCAUAGGCACAACUAACAUGCACCUAUUUGAUCCAAAGGGUGUGAUUAAGAAAUAUGACACUCCAGAACAAAUUCUUGAGGAAUUCUUUCACCUAAGACUUGAAUUCUAUGAGAAAAGAAAGAAAGUGUUGUUGGAUAACCUUGAGUUGGAAUUGUUGAAAUUGGAAAACAAGGUUAGAUUCAUACUUGGUGUGGUGAAUGAAGAAAUUAUUGUGAGUAAUAGGAAGAGAGCUGAUCUAUUCCUUGAGCUCCAACAGAAAGGUUUCACUCCUUUUCCAAAGAAAACAAAGGCUGUGGAGCCAGAGGUUGCUGGGGCAACUGAAGAUACAGAAGAAACAGAAGAGAACUCAGAGCCUUUCAUUGGUAAUGGAGUGCGAAUCAGCGAUUAUGAGUAUCUAAUAUCCAUGUCAACUGGAACCUUGACUACUGAGAGGGUUGAAGCUCUGAAGGCUGAUAGGAAUAAGGUCAAUGAACAGGUUAUUGAUUUGAGAGGUUCAACUCCAAAGUCAUCGUGGUUGAAGGAUCUCGAUGCUCUUGAAAUGGAACUUGAGGAGCCGGGCAAAAGUGAGGCUCUGGCAGAUGAGGCAAAAAGGAAAUCAAGAAACAAGCAAGUCAAGAAUGCUCCAGUAGAAGCUAUUGCAGACAGUAGGGAAACAUCUUCCAGUUCUGCAAUGGAAAUGGGGAAAGCUCCUAAGGUAGUGAAACGGAGAGGUGCAGCAGAAGCAGCUGCUAUUCCCCUUGUGGCAGUCAAGAAGAGAGGUCCAGCAACUAAGGAGUCUCAAACACCAUCAUCUUCAGGCUACAAGCUCUUCAGGCCGCCUGACCCUAAUGUUAGAAAGAGAAGGGUAGGGCUGAAGUUGAAGAUGCAUCUGGUGUUACUGGGCAAGUCAUCUUCAGGCCAGAAGGCGAGGAGGAGAAGGGCGGUUAGGAUCAUCUUGAAGAUGACUGAUGAUGCAGAUGAUAGGGAUAAUGACUCAUGAGUUAGUUUCGACUUUCAGUUUAGUGAUUGUUAAGAAGUCAGAGUGGAUGUAAAACUUGAUAUGGGAAAAUUUCAGC